AUGCCUCCCCCAGACUACAUCCCGGCCCGUUCCGCAGACACAGGCCCCCAGCGACCGAUGUCCGCCACGGAGCUACACUUCCCCGCGCACCACACGGGCGCCGAGCGACCCCCCUCUGGCCCGCAGCGCGUCAUCCGACCGGACGCUGCCCAGCCCGGGGGCUCGUCCGCGACAAACGCGGCGCGCACGGGCCCGAUCCGGCCGGCGUUGUUCACGAAAAUGUCGGCGGGGCUGGACGACGGCAUGGAGGAGAAGAAGGAACGCGUGGUCGGGGGCGCGCGCAGGGUGCUCCGCAUGCCUGAGGCGGUCGAACCCGCGCCGCAUGCGGGUGCGGACGAGAAGGGCAAGACGGCGGCGGCGGCGGCUUCGUCGAGGCCCGUCCGCACCAGAGUCAUUUCCACGAGCAGGUCGACUCCCGCAAUCCCGCUGCAGUCCGCGCUCGCCAGGGAGGAUGCUGCUCGCGUGAAGAAGCUCGCGUCGUCCGUCGGUGCAUCCGCACGCGGCGGAGUGUCGACCGCAGCUGCGACCGCGGCACCUGCGGCGAGGCUCGGUCGUAUGGCUUCGGCGGCAACCUUGAUGCAGGCCACUGCCGGUUCGAGGGCCCGAGCGCCAGAGAAGGCGCAGGAGAGGGCGGCCGACAAGGACAAGCCGAAGACGAAGGUACCGUUCAAGCCGUCAGCAGCGCCUCGUCCGGGACCCGGGACGUCUGUUACCGUACGGGACAGGGCAAAUCGUGUUUUGUCGAAGUCGAAGGCUGAUCCCGCCAAGCCCUCCACGAAAGACUCUCAGACUCAGAAGGCACCCGCGAAGCCACCACGCUCGUCACCUGAAGUGCCGGAAGCAACGGAGACGGUGUCCCCAGUCGAGGUGCCUCUCCCGGAAUCGCCCAAGCUUGCUCCUGUUGCUCCGCCCUGCGAAGCCUCUCCCCCACCACUGAUCUCCUUCGACACCCCAGACAAGCAGGACGCGCCUGCCGCGGCGCCGGAGCGCGCUGCUACUCCCCCUCCUGCGGACGUUGUUCUUACUUCUCUGGACCCUACUUCCAAUACUGCAGAAAUUCCUCUCCCUGCGGAAACACCAGGCGAACUGACGCCAAUUCCUGUCGUCCCGUCCGUCAAUGUCACCGAGCCAAGCACGCCCACCCGGGAAGAGCGGCCCCAAGGUAGGCGAAUGGCUGAGGUCGAGCAGACGCCGAUCUCGGCGCUCGUCGCGUCUAUCCAGCGCGGGUUUCUCUCGAUGCACGGCAGCACGCCGCUGUCGCCCAUGCGCGAGGAGGACGAGAGCGUGCUCGUCGUGGACGAGUCAGAGAGCGACGGGAAGGUCUUUGCCAUUGAAGGGUUCCAGCCUGUCAAGGUUGAGCCGUUGUUCUCCAAGCCGGGCGUGUUGCAUGCGUGA